CUACUCUGUUCUCAUCCCCCAGUGUGUGAAUUCAUUUGUAUUCAGAGACUAUACCCUGACAGACUCUCACCAGACUGAUAUAACUGUGCUCUGCUGAAAAUAUGCUCCCAAGGUUCCUGGCUUGACGCUUUCUCUAAACAGUAAGACUGGGAGGCAUGGGGAACAUUCCUUGUAAGAAAGGCUACAGCGCAAUUGAGGCCAGCCUAACCAACCUGGAAAUAAACCAAGCAGCGGCGGACAAGGGCAUCUUUGUGGCUUUGUACAAUUUCCCGCUCAGUGGCCAAACAGAUCUAAGCAUUCAUUUUGGGGAGCAGCUAAACAUCCUCUCUGAAGAUGGGGAUUGGCUAAAGGUCUCCUCAGCUUCUACAGGACAAGAAUGCUACCUACCUACAAAUUAUGUGGCCAAAGUGUGUAAUAGGUGGCUGUACAAAGGCAUAAACAGGGAGAAAGCAGAAGAGUUGCUUAUGGUGAACUCUAACCGGAGUGGUUCCUUCUUGAUCCGGGAAAGUGAGACAAGAAGUGGAAGCUAUACUUUGUCAAUAAGAAAAACAAAUCACACCUCAAGGGACUCAAUCAAGCAUUAUCGUAUCCAUCAGUUGGACAAUGGGUGGUUUUACAUCGCUCCACGCCUGACGUUUGCCACACUCCAAGACAUGGUGGAUUACUAUUCAGAGGUAGCAGAUGGGAUUUGUUGCACUUUAACGGAGCCGUGUGUGGUGCAAAGGGUUCCAAACCCCGUCAUCCAAAGGCCAUCUGAACCGAUCGUUGUCAGAAAGCCAACUCUCAACUGGACCGAGUUAGACAGUAUGGACUUGUUUAACAAAGACGACAAGUUGAAUGAAGAUUGCCCUUUAAGCCUUGGUCUCAGAGAAGCAGUCAGCUCCUAUAUGCUUAUGACGCAGGACUCGGAAUCCAUGACAGAGGUAGAAAAGGAACAUUGGUGGAAAACCUGUUGAUUUAUAAGACAAGGGCCCGAGGGACUGAAAUGGCAUGAACUUAUAAACAGACAUGGAAAGAAUUUAUAUUCUCUUUAUCAACCCAACAUGCCUAGCGAUCAUUCUGGCAAAGACUAUUCACUUUGUCUUUGAAAAAAACCAUCAGUGGAAAAUGUUCAACAUCAUCUUUCCUUUAUUAUGAAAUCAGUUGAACUGCUCAGUACAAGUUCGGCAAAAUAUUGCAGGCCAAUCCUUUGUGGCUCGUACUCUAAGGGACUGUCUUAUAUUUAUAGCAGCUGGGCUGCUCUGUCUGUUUCUUUGUCUUCUAGUUUGUGUUUGCUGCAGGAUUCGUCGACGACGUUUCAAAAGAAAGUCGGUUUAUGUUGCAGUUUAUAAAGGUUGUGCAUAUUGGAGAGUUAUAUGGUUAUACAGGAAGUGUAUGGGUUGUUUUCACUUGGCUACAAAGUAAUACAUCAUGUAACAUCUAACCUUUCUGGAGAGUAUCGACCCCCGGUGGACUUUUCUGUGUCUCUCAAAAGUACUUUGUUUUUAAACAAAAUAUGUACAUUAAAUGUUAAAUUAUUUCAUUAAAAUGCUAUAUUUUUAUGUUGCUGAUUUUUUAAA